GGGAGGACUACCGCCGGUCCGGGCAGGCUAGGGCCGGUGGCAGCCGCCUCGCUGCCGCCAUACCGCUACCUCCAACCAGGGGGACCAGCAGCAGCAGCAGCGCCGUGCAGGGCGGCAGCACGGUUGCCGCGGCCACUGCAGCUGCCGCUGCUGGGUGCUUGCAGCCGCUUGCGUGCGCCGGUACUGCCGCCCCGCCGCAGGGGGCACAUGCGGGUGCAGCAGCCACCACAGACGCAGCAGCAGCUGGAGGCACCGCUACCACCACCAGCAACAACAACACCAGGAACACCAGCAGCAGCUGCUGUUUGGGUGCCCAGCGACCCACGGGUCAGCUGCCCUGGUGGCUGCCCACCUUCCAGCACCGGCUGCAGCGCUGGUUCGGGCUGGAGUCGUUCCUGCUGCUGCGGCCCGCCAGCUUUAGCAGGAGGAUACUGGACGAGACGGAGGCCACCACGCUGCUGGGCGCCGCAUCCCUGGCACUGGCAGCAGCAGCAGCGGG